AUGAUAAGGAGCAUUCCCCGGACUUUGCUGGCGAAUCGCCGUGACAGCGGCAUGUCUGAGCUGCUCCAGCGCGUCGCCGCGGAGGGGCGGCGGAAGGACAGAGAAGAGUCCAAGGAGAUCGAGGACCUGGACCUCUCCCAGAUCCCGUCCGACUGCGCGCGGAGCCGCCGGCAAUGUCCGCGCUGCGAGCAGGAGGUAUUGUCGGAGCACUUCGAGUCGCACCUUACGUCGCACAGCAGCGAGAUCCUGCCCUGGCUCUAUGUUGGCGGCAAGAGGAACCUGGACAACGACAAGGAGCUCACCGUGCGAACGGGCAUCACCCACGUCCUGAACCUGGCCCAGGAGGUCAACAUCCGCCAGGACAUCUCGAAGCUGUUGACCGAGUACAACACCCAACGAGGUGUGGGCUUCGUGUACAAGAAGCCACUCGGCCAAACUCGGCUGUUUCCCUAA